UGAUCAGUUGCAGACUUGCUUCCUUUCCUACUGGAGGCGACUCUGAAGAAGAAAGCACGCUAUCCGUUUUUCGCUCUGCUAUUGAAGUUGUAGGGUUUGAACUACUGAAGCUAAUGGAUCCUCGUACAGUGUCGCCCAAUGUGUCAACUUCCCAGACGAUAUCACCAGAUGGAUUGAGAUAUAAAAAAUGUGAUCCUCACAAGGAAGAAAACAAGUUGUCAGCCUUGGUUCAUGUAGGAGACGAAAAUCCAUUUGAUUUUUUUCGUGUAUUUUAUGAGAGUGUCAUAGCUGGAGCUACUGCUGGUGUUGUUGUAGAAGCAGCUUUAUACCCAAUCGAUACGAUAAAAACUCGACUCCAGGCAGCCCAUGGUGGAGGAAAAGUUAUUUUGAAAGGUCUUUAUUCUGGAUUGGGUGGAAACCUUGCUGGUGUUUUGCCGGCUUCUGCUAUAUUUCUUGGUGUAUAUGAACCUGCAAAGCAGAAAUUGUUAAAGGCCUUCCCUGAAAACAUGAGUGCUUUUUCUCAUUUGACUGCAGGUGCUUUAGGAGGUGCUGCUUCUUCCCUUGUUCGAGUGCCAACAGAGGUUGUUAAGCAAAGGAUGCAAACUGGGCAAUUUGCUUCUGCCCCUGCUGCUGUACGCCUUAUUGUUGCUAAAGAGGGUUUUAAAGGUCUAUAUGCGGGAUAUGGAUCCUUCUUAUUGAGAGAUUUGCCCUUUGAUGCCAUCCAAUUUUGCAUCUACGAGCAACUACGAAUAGGAUAUAAGCUGGCAGCACGAAGAGACCUGAAUGAUCCUGAGAAUGCCAUGCUUGGUGCUUUUGCUGGUGCCAUAACUGGAGCUGUAACAACUCCUCUUGAUGUGAUAAAAACUCGAUUAAUGGUCCAGGGAUCAGCAAAGCAGUACAAAGGGAUUUUUGACUGUGUAAGGACUGUAGUGAAAGAAGAAGGAACCCAUGCUCUUUUGAAGGGUAUUGGACCAAGGGUGCUGUGGAUAGGUCUUGGUGGUUCAAUUUUCUUUGGUGUUCUUGAAAAGACAAAGCAAAUGUUCGCCGAAAGGCGCCCAGAAAAUCGGAAGUCAUUUUCUCUCAAGCAAAAUUAACUUUUACUGAUAGAUUUUACUUUCUUUUUGCUCAGAUUAUUGAUAUCUGGUUAGAUUUCUUUUAGUUUUGAUCUGUGACAUCAUACUUUAUAGUAUGUUUUAGUUAAUCUUCUUCAAGUGCUAUUCAGUAGCUCUUGUUUUCUGUUUAUGGGUUAUUCAUAGCACAUCAGCUUGAGGGAGAGCAAGCCUUUUGCA